AUGCCACCGAAUACGCAAUCCGAAGAAGCCCAGCGGCCUCUUUUGGCCGAUGCUCGCGAAGAGUAUGGCGCGACCGACGGCCCGGUCCGCGCCGCUGCCCCUCCCGACGUCGCCGCAGAGGAGCGCGGGGCGGCGGGGACUUUCACGCGCAACCUCGGUGCCAUUGAGGCCUUUGCUAUUGUCAUCAGUAUUGUCAUUGGCAGCGGCAUCUUCACAUCUCCGGGUUCAAUCGACACCAAUGUGCCGUCGCCCGGUGCCGCGUUGGUUGUGUGGCUGGUUGGUGGUGUUCUGGCAUGGACGGGUGCGACUGCGAUGGCUGAGCUGGGCACGGCAAUCCCAGGUGAAGGUGGUGUUCAGCCUUUUCUCCGAUACAUUUACGGCGACGUGUUCGGCUUUCUUGCCGCCUGGACUUGGAUCGUGGCUGUGAUGCCGGCGACCCUCGCUAUCUUGUCCAUUGUCUUUGUCGAGAGCAUCUACUCGGCGGGCGGGGUGACUGACCAAGCCGGCGCCGUGUCGCACAAGCUGUUUUCUAUUCUCAUCCUCAUCAUCAUGAACGGCGCCAACUCCAUCAGCACCAAGGCCAGCACCCGUCUCAACAACCUGUUUGUCGUCACUAAGUUCGUCAGCAUCGCUGCUGUAGUGCUCGCGGGCAUUGUUGUUGUGAUUCUUCAGGUGUCGGACCACGACCGCGACGUGGGCGGUCGUGACUGGUUCAACAGGCCCUGGUUCGAGAACCGCAAGACGAUCCUGCCGGGCGGCGGGGAGAUUGACUGGAGCAACGUCGGCGCGUGGGAUAUGCUCGGGUACUACUCGGCGGCGCUGUACGGCGCGCUGUGGGCGUACUCGGGAUGGGACAAGGCGAUUUACGUCACGGCAGAGCUGAAGGAACCGGCCCGACAGCUCCCUCUGGCGAUCAACUCGGCUAUCCCUACGAUUAUUCUUUGCUUUAUUGCCGCCAAUGCUGCUUACUACAUCCUUCUCCCGUGGUCUGUUGUUUCCACGACCGACAGCGUAGCUGUGACUGCUAUUAACCGCCUCCUCGGCCCCGGCUUCGGUAUUGUCGCAGCCAUCCUCAUCUGCCUCGUUGUCGCAGGUUCCCUUCUGGGCAACUCCUUCGUGGCGGGCCGAAUGACCGUCGCCGCAGCCAACUCUAACUGGCUCCCCAAGUUCCUCGGCUUCGUCGGUCGCGUCGGCGUCAAGGCGGACGACGGCUCCCCCGCCGAUUCCUCCGACGAGUCCUCCGGUCUGGCCAAGGAGAAGUCUGAUGCACCCAUCAACGCUCUCCUGCUGUCGACGAUGCUGUCGGCGGUGUACAUCCUCUUUGGCAACUUCCGAGCCCUUUUGACUUUCAAUGGGUUGGGAGAGUUUACCUUCUUCUUCCUGACGGUCCUCGGCGCGGUCAUUCUCCGCGUCCGGGAGCCGGAGCUGCGUAGACCUUACAAGCCGUUUGUCUUGAUUCCCGUCGUGUUCGCUCUCGUGAGCGGUUUCGUCGUCGUGAGAGGUGCAAUUUUUGCCCCUGCCCAAACUGUCAUUUUGGUUGUGCUUUGGUUGGUUGGUGUCGGUUUCUACUGGGCUAGACAGAGAUACAUUGCCCGAAGUGAGACACUUUAG